CCGAGUUAUUGCAGGAGAAUCGGUCAGUGACGAAGCAGAACGAUUGGUGAAUUCAACAGGAAACUCCUUACUUAUUACUUUAUUUUGUGAUUCAGAACCAAUAGUUGGUAUAUAAUGGCUCCAUUUUAUCAAAAACCCGAAAAUGCCAUCAAGCGAGCUGAAGAACUGGUUGCUGUAAAUCAGCAUUCUGCUGCCUUGAACUUGCUGCAUGAGGUCAUUCUCUCAAAGCGUGCUCGCUCCACUUCCAUUCAGGUUCUUGAGCCCAUCGUCAUCAAGUUUAUCGAGUUUGCUGUUAUUCUUGGAAAGGGAAAAGUGGUUCGCGAGGCUCUCUAUCAGUAUAAAAAUAUUGUGCAAAACACCACUGUUGUCACCAUUGAGCAUGUUAUCAAGCGUUAUCUUGAACUCGCUGAAGAGCAGCUUGCUCAGGCUCAACAAAAAGCCGAAAAGAUUAAUCUUGAUGUUGUUGACGAUCUGGAAGCCUUUGAAACUCCUGAAUCUAUUCUUAUGAGUACCGUAUCUACAGACGAUACUAAAGAUCGCACAGAUCGUGCAGUCGUUACUCCUUGGCUGAGGUUUUUGUGGGAAGCUUACCGUACAUCGCUCGACACCCUGCGUAAUAAUGCUAGAUUGGAAAUGCUCUACCAGUACGUUGCCAAUCAAGCAUUUGCUUUCUGUCUUAAAUAUUCUCGCAAAACAGAGUUUCGUCGUCUUUGUGAUAUUUUGCGUCAGCAUUUGUCGUCUGCUACCAAAUAUCAAAGUCACGAUCAUUCGAUCGAUCUAAACGAUCCAGAAACUCUUCAACGGCAUCUUGACACCCGCUUUGUCCAACUGAAUGCUGCUGCCGAGCUUGAGCAUUGGCAAGAGGGAUUUCGUUCUAUUGAAGACAUUCAUCAUCUUCUCGAAGUGUCUAAAAAUGCACCAAAAUCUUAUAUGAUGGCCAACUAUUAUGAAAAACUUGCUCGUAUUUUUAUGGUGGGUGAAAACUAUCUUUUUCAUUCGGCUGCCUUGAGCAAAUUCUACUCGAUUAUGCGUCAAAACAAGAACUUGCCACAGGAAGAACACGAACGUCUUGCAUCGUUGGUACUGGUUUCUGUUUUGUCAAUUCCUAUCAUCGUUUUGUCUGGUUCUCGCACUGCAGAGGCCGAUGAAAGCAAACAGCGUACUCAACGUCUGAUGACUCUGCUGCGAGUCACUCAGCUUCCUACUCGAGAAAGUCUUCUCAAGGAAGCCCUUGGCAAAAACGUAUUUCCUUUAGUUCGUCCAGAAAUUAAGCAUCUCUACAAGUCUCUCGAGGUCGACUUUCAUCCUUUGUCGAUUUGCAAAAAGAUUGCUCCCAGUAUUGCUUAUUUUUCGGAGAAUGCCGAAUUUUCUCGAUAUGCCAAACUGCUGCACCAGGUUGUCUUGACUCGUCUUCUUCAACAGCUUUCUCAAGUAUAUUCCAUCAUCAAGAUCGAUCAUGUCGUGCAGCUUGCCUCCCUUCCAGCUCCUUACAACUUUGAUGCUCAUGCUAUUGAACGAUUUGUAAUGAAUGGCUGCAAGCGCGGUGAACUCACAAUCCGUGUUGACCACAAAACAAAAACCCUUUCGUUUGAUGCUGGUUUCUUUGCUUCUACGUCCGAAUCCUCUUCCGAAGGUCCCCGCUUACAUCAAAUUAUGCUUCCAGGAGAGCGUGUUCGUUUGCACCUUACUUGUUUUGCCAAACGUCUUCACUCUGUCAUGGGCUUUGUUGAUCCUUCGAUUACUAAGCAGAAAACUGCUUUUAAAAUCAAAUCGUUCCAAAAUGCUGCUGCCCAUCUUGAAGAGGAGCGUUCAGCUGUCAGUGUUCGCCGUGCUCUUGUAUUUAAAAAAAAAGAAAUGCGCGAUGCCGACGCUGCUAGUAAAAAACAGGAGGCUUUGGCUCUUCGUGCUCAGCGUCUUCAACAAGAGCAAGCUGCUGAAAAGAUCCGUCUUGAAGAAGAAUUCAAGCGUCGUGAGAUUGAGCGUAUGGAAGAAGUUCGUCGCGAUAUCCAACGUCAAGAAGCACAGAAACUUGCUGAACAGCUAGCAAGUGAACUUCGUGAAAAGAAUGUCAACUUUAAGGAAGAAGAUCUUAGCAACAUGGACACCAACAAACUGGUUAUGCUUCAAAUCAGUCAACUUGACAAGGAACGUCGUGAAUUGAUGCUCAAAAUCAAAGCUGUUCAUAGGCGUAUUGAUCAUACUGAGCGGGCAAUGCGACUCGAGGAAAUUCCACUUUUAGAAAAGGAUUACAAAAAACAAGAUGAAAUGGAUCGCUUGGCAUUUGAUAAUGGUCAUGCUGCUCGUCUUGAAGCUGCAAAGGCCAAAUAUGCUUGUGACAAAAAGCAAAAGACUUCUGUUUUGCGUAUGAUGGAUGACUACACUUGUUAUUUGAACGAUCUCAAGUCUCGCCAAAAGGAAGAGUUUGCUGUAUUGCAAGAACAAGCUGCUGCCAAGUUGAAAGCCGCUAAAGCCAAGCGUGUCAAAGAACUACGUGCUAGACAUGAGGCUGACAAAAUCCGCCGUGCCAAUGAAGAAGCUGAGCGUAUCAAGCGUGAAGAAGAAGAGCUUCUUGAAGCCGAACGUGCUAAACAAAAUGCCAUUAAAGCAGAAGAAGAAAAAGCCAAGGCUGAGGAGUAUCGUCGCAAGGCAGAUGAAAUUGCAAAUAAGCAGCGUGAGCGUGAACUCGAGGUUGAACAAAAACGUCUCCGUGUGGCUGAAGAGCCUCGUCGUAAACCUGUGGAAGCCUUUAAUUCUAGUUGGCGUCCAAGACCUGCUGCAGUUGAACCUUCAAAAUCUGUUGAAAGUUCUGACAAGUACGUAUCGCCUGCUGCUCGUGCUGCUUUGAGUGGUGCAUCUACAGCUCGUCCAUUUGAACAAUCUGGAUUCAACUCAUCUCGUCCUGGACCUGGCUCCCAUGCUUCUGACAAUCGAAGUGGUGCUUUUGCGGCCAAUACGUCAUCCCGUCCUGCUUUUGGCAACUCGUCUUCGGCUGGACCUCGUCGUGAUCCCAGUGGAUUUACACCCCCUCCCACUUUCUCAAAAAAUAACGACGGGCUUAGUGUAACGGAGCGUCUUGCCCAGCGCAAGGCAGCUGCCAAUUCUCGUUCCAAAAAUUGAAAGCAUUGUUAAGCAAAUAAAGUUGAUCUUGUUUUGAUU